AACAAACGUAGCAGGGCGGCAGGCAAUUUAGGUCGGGCGCUUAAAUCGGCGGUAUAGAGGAAAAGAAAAGAGUAGCGGUUAGAUUACCCCGAUGCCGUCGCUUCCUUCCAUGCACGCGCCUAGGGGCGGAGCUUCUUGGCUGCUUCCGGAGCGCGCGCGCGCACCCUUUCACUCCCCCCCCCCAUCCCACCCCACCCCCACACCCCCGUGUAAUGUCUGCUCUGAGAGUUCAACCGCUGAAGUCGUAGAUGUUACUCUCCGUGGGGCGGGCGUGGGGGAGUUCCGCGUGCACCCGAGCCCCUCAUUUUCUUACCCCAAUUUCCCUUCAGCUCCUGCUUAUGAACGUUGUCUCGAAACACGUCCUGGUUUAGGCUAAGCUGUAAUGCGAUCUAUAUUUCGGUUUGGCUUAAGUGUUGGGUGACCAUCCCGACAGAGGUAGUUUGACCAGUUGUGAUCGGCCACGGCUUAGCAUGCUGUAUGAACCAGCCAGUGUCCUUUAAUGAGAGCUCUGCAGCUUCUUUUGCGCUAUGGUCAUUCGUAACCGUUGGUUUUAGAUUUGCACCAACUUUUGGAAAAAAUUGGCUGUGUUCGCAUGGCUGGGCUAAUUAUCUGUUGAAUAAGGCAGAGUUGGACACCAGGCUAACCUGUAAACCAUGAUGCCACCCAAAUACUAAAAUCAACUCACUUGAGUAGGUUUCAUAGAACCACAGAGCAGCCAUUUAUGUUUUUGAGUCUACCUUUCUGCUCAGCAGGGAACAGAUUAAAUAUUUUAAUAGGCCAUAUAAAAUAUAAAAUAUAAAAUACCUAUACCUAAGAUUUGGCAUAUUAGUGGAGGCUUAUGUAACUAUCGUAAACACCCCAGUACAGAUCUUUACCUAGAAAUUGGUAUAAUAUUGAAAAGAGUUUCAGCCUGCCUGUUUACAUCCCAUUUCCAUCAUUCUAAUUUCUAUUUACAUCCUUUUUCUUAUUUAUUUCUGUGUCCCUUUCAUAAAGGAGGUGCUUUCAGUUGACUUUCAUUCCAGUGGGUAAGGUGGGAUAUCUUGGGCAUAGGUAUUGUUGGCGUUGUAUGGUUUUACAUGACAUUAUUCAAUUAUUAUUGAAUUAUUCUGUGUAGAUGCUUAUAGGAGCCACUCCAGUUCAUAUGAAGAAAUGAGCAUGUAUGAAAUUGUAUCAGAUAAACAGGCUAUAAAUAAGUUGUAUGGAACUUUCUAUAUACAACACACUAGCUUAAAAUACUAUACUAAAUUGUAGCUCUAUUAUGUAAACAGCCAGGGCACUUUUGACUUAUUGUGUGGUGAGAUAAUUUAGUUAAAUCCUAAAUCAAUUAACCAUGGGAAAAUACAUCAAGAACAGAGAUGAAGUAAUUUCAAAUAUGAAUUUUUUGACUUGUGUGAAACAUACAUGUUAACAUGUCUCCAGUUGUUUGAAGUGGUGCCAUAAACCUUCGAUAGAAUUUUAAGAGUAUAAAGAGACUCAAAAUAAAACAUAGAGUAAUGAUAUGUGUUAGGAAUCAUUUUAAGUUUGGGUUCAAAAUAUAUUUUCACAUGAUAUAUUGCACUGUACGAAAACAAAAUUCUCAAGUUUAUACAAGUGUUUCCUAAGCUUCAAGCAGAACUGUUCUUGUUCAAGAAUACCCAGUCCUGAACUUGAGUUUUGUAAUAAUAAUUGGGUAACUUGUUUCCCCUUUUUUUACAGCCAUCACCCAUCAUGCUCUAAAGAUUAUAGUAGAGCAGGUAAAACAUGCAUCCUUAGAAUAGGUAGGACCAAAAUUUGGGCAUUUUAUUUUACUGUAUUUUAUAUUUAGAGAGUUUCAGGGAAGAGAACCUUAACCCCACCCCCAUUUUUUGCCCUAACCUUUAAUGGGCAAAAAGCAGAUGGUUAAAGAUUCCAUUCCACUUCCUAAAUCCUCUAAAGGCCUCUCUAAAUCAGGCCCUGCUUUGCCCACUUUGGGUACUAGGUCCAGAAAAGGUUAGCCAUCACUGGUCUAGACAGUCACAUAAACAAAAGGUAUGUUUUUAUAGCUGCCUAGAUUGUAUAGUAACGCAAUCAACUGUACAACCAUCAGUGAUAAUAAAACAAUAAUGGCAUGGAUCUUUCUCUCCUGCUUAAUCAUUAAAAGACAAGUCCAGUAAAGCUAGCUCUAAACUAUUCUCCAGAAGACUGUAAGAGAGGGGACCAUUCUUGUCUUAAAGGAGAGGAGCAGGCACCAAGAAUGCCUCAUUCUGUGUCCAUUCUGCUACUGCCUUUGGCAGGUAAUCUCUAUUCACCUGAAUUGAAUGCCUAGGGUUUAACAAGCACCUUGGAUUACACUGAAAAUAAACUAGACUUAGACUUAGAAUAACUUUAUUGUCAUUUUGAAUGUACGCUAAUUGGCAUACAUUAAAAUGAAAUUUCAUUGUAUACAGCUCUCAAAGGGUCACUACCUCCAACAUACACUACAUAAACAUGACAAAAUAAAUAAUUACAAAAUUAUGCAUAUAUCCACAUAUAUGACACAGAGAAACAACACAGUCUAGUUUGGAUGUAUACAUGUACAUGGCGAGAAAAAUGAAUCUUGCAAGUUUACCAGAUGGAUGGCAUAGGGAAAUAAGCUGUUACAGAAUCUGGUAGUCCUGCUAGAUAUACUUCGAAACCUCCUCCCAGAGGGGAAAAACAGAAACAAGACUGUAAAGUGGGUGUGUGGGGUCUCUAACAAUGCUUUGAGCUCUAAGCACAUAGCACUUAUCAGGGUGGAUAAAAAUUGAUGAUUUUUUAAAAAUAAAAAAGUGGAUUUUUAAAAAUUUAAAUCAGAUUUUAUUUUUAUUUUUAUCAAAUUUAUGUUAAUAAAACGCUUUUGGAGUAAAAAUCUAUCUAAAGGUAGUUUUCUAUUUAAGGUACAUUAAUAAUUUAGUUUAUUCAGCAUGAAAUGGAGCUUAGUUAUGUAACACGAGGCUGUAUAUUCUGCAAUAUUUACAUUUUUUGUAAACUUAUUCAAUGAAUCCAAGCUCUGCAAGCUGAGGUAACAUACACUGCAUUGAUGCAUUCACACAAUUUCACAGUAACCAUGAGAUAAAUCAUAAAACAGUUCAGGAAUAUUCCUUUAUCCCAUUGUUUUACAAAUCUAUGUACACUACAAACUGUAUGAUUAUUUGAAGAGAAAUGCAUCUGUACCAUCAAGCUCUAAGUGUGAGGAGGAAGGGCAAGCAGUAAAAAUGAAAGUGAAACCUUCUAAGCAGCUUCUAAAUCUUGUGAUCUUUCGGCAUGUAGCUUGAAGUGCUUUAUUCCUCCCUUGAGGAGCAAAAUGGCAGUAGGCCGUAAAAGAGACCCAGUUUGGGAAUAUUUUAAUGAUGUUCCUCUACCUAUGAGUGAAGCAGGUAUGGGGGUAAAGCAGGUAUGCAUGCAAAAUGCAGCAAUGCAACAAAGAGAUGCAAGGCCUGGUGGCCUGAAUGAAAUAAUAUCAUGAGAAGUGCUGUGAUGAAAGGACCAUGUUUGAAGAGGCAGGACCUUCAGGUGAAACCACCAUCAACAUAAAAGAUUCUGGAAACUAUCCACUUUCUAAAUCGCCAUCCUCUUGUUCUACAGUUUCAGAGUUAUCUCUCCAGGAUGGUGCAUCAGUCACAUCAUUUACACAUAUCCGCAAUAUAUCACCUAAAAGAAAAAAACCAUCCGGAACCACCACCAUGGAUAAGUUUGUGAUAAAAACCAGCAAAUUAGAAAAAGAGUUAAUUGAUGAAAAAAUUACUUGGUUUGUUUAUGCAACAAACUCUUCUUUCCAUUUGCUUGAAAACCCACACUUUGUUAAUAUGAUUCAAUCACUGAGACCAGGAUACAGUCCACCAAGUAGAUUAGAUGUUGUAGGGAAACUGCUGGAUAAAGUAUAUGAUGAAGAAAUUAUGCAAUGCGCAACAAGUCUAGAAGGUAAAAUUGCUAACCUGAGUCUUGAUGGGUGAAGUAAUGUCCAUAAGGAUCUUAUUGUAUGUGUUGUAUAACAACAGAAGAGGGGAAUGUAUUCCUUGCAGAAACAAUUGAUAUUUCAGGAAAUGCACACACAGCAGCAUACUUAGAAGACAUAGCAGCAAAAGUUAUAACAUGCGGAAAAAAAUUCAAAUGUCAAGUAUGCAGUUUGGUCAAAGACAAUGUGGCAAAUGUGUCCAAAAUGAGAAUACAUUUAGAACAACAUGGAGAAACUACCAAGCUAAUAACAUAUGGUUGUAGUGCUCAUUUGAUGCACCUCCUAGCCUCUGUGUCCCAGAAAUAAAGAGUAAUGUUGAAAUUGCUAAAUACUUCCAUAACAAUCAUUUUGCAGCAUCAGAUCUGAAGAUAACGGGUGGAACCAAGCUAACGCUCCCACAAGAUGUUAGAUGGAACUUUGUAGUGGACUGUUCUGAACAAUAUAUAAAAAACUGGCCUAUUCUGAUGACCAUUUGUGAGCAAAAUUGAGAAAAAAAUAGAUGGCACUUUCACAGCAAAAAUCCUCAACAUGGGCUUAAGAGAAAUGUUGAACAUAUGCUGAGCACCUAUUUCUGAAGCUUUAUGUCAACUCGCAAAGCCUGCUCUCAAGUUGCCAUAGGCAAGGGAGAUGGGAAAACAAACUUUGCAGCUGCAUCAAGGAACUGGUAUCUUAGUCAAAACAAAGCACAUUCCAACUGAUACGCUGAGGUCGACUCCAUGGGAACCCACAGUGGCUGGAGGGGGAGGAUCAUGAUUUAAUUAGGGCAUCCAUAGGAGCCCUGACACUUUAAACAAAAUCCAGAAAAAUAGUUGGUUUAUUGCUGAUGCUGUUGAAAUUUGGAAGGAACUGAGUGAGAGCACUUAAAAACAGAAUUACACACUGACAAGCAGAAAUUACAAGAUUUUAAAAAGCGAAUAGAACAAGCACUGUCUCCAACUCAUUUUCUCGCAAACAUCAAUAUCCAGUACCAGGGUCAAACCUUAAGUGCUGAAGAAGAGGAAUCAGCCAUGGCACAGGUAUCCAGCAAUUAUCCAUAUCUAGUGCCAACUAUAAUGAACUUCAGAGCUAAGGGGGAACCAUUCAAGAAAUAUAUGUUUGCUGAUGAGAAAGUUUCACCAGUGAACUGGUGGAAGUCAUUUAAGCACUUGGAUUCAGAAAGUAUUGAAGUAAUGAUUUCACUUUUAACCACAGUGGCCACUUCUACUGGCAUUGACAGAAUAUUCUUUCUUUGGACUUGUUCACUUUAAACUCAGAAAUCAUUUGGGGUCUGAUAAAGCAGGAAAGCUUCUUUUUCUUUUCCUAAUCAUGAACAAACAAGAGAACAAAGAUGAAAAUGAGUGAGCUGCAGAAGACCAUGUUUGAAGUUUUUUUUAUGUGGACCCAGCUGAUAUAUUCAAUUUAAGUUCUUUUGUUUGUUUUUUCAAAGAUGUUUGAUCAUAAUAAGCAAGCUGAUGAAGCCAAUGCUAGUUCAGCACAAGGUAUGGAAAAGAAAGUUAAUGAAGGUUCCUUAUUGCAGGACAGCAAUAGUAGUUUAAAUAAACAAGGAUUAGAGCUGUCAAAGACUGAACUACCUGUUAUGCAGAACAGACAAGGUUACUGCAACUGUUGCCAUGCACCCUACAGCAAUCUGGAACAGCAUGUAUAUAGUUCCCAGCACAGACAUUUUGUCAGUUACUGUAGAAAUCGCAUGGGUACAAGUAGCUUGAUGGAGCGUUUCCUGCAAGAUGUUCUGCAACAUCAUCCCUCUAGAUACCACGACAACAGACCAACUUACGAUGACAUGCCAUUCAACUCCCAGCUUCUUGCAAAAGAUGGGGCGGCUGUUUCAAUGGAAGUCAAACAGAAGGAGAGACAGACAAGCAGGGUGGAAAAUCCAAACAUUGACAGUGGAUUCACUGCUGAGUCAGGCUGCCUUAUUUCCCAGAGCCAUGAAAAGCAGAAGGAGGCUUCUGUAGAACUUCUACCUAUCCAGACUCUGGGAAGAGGACAACAUUCCAAACUAGGAGCUUCACAACAAAAUCUGGAUAUUGCCAGUAGUGUAAAUAAUCUUGGUCCAACAAACCUUUUGACUGAAAAUAGUAGUCAAAAAGUCACAGUUUUUGGGACUAGUGGUCAGAAAGUCUCAUUUACAGCUAGGGAUGUUUUACCCGAUCCAUUACCUGUUAGCCAGGUACCAUCCACUCCUCACAGACUUUCAAAAAAUAUUAGCUAUCCAGUAAAAGCAGAGGACAUAUGUGAACAAGCUACCCAAGAUAUAUGCAACCAAGAUGGAUUUUUGAAUUCAAAGAAAAAUCUUGUUUUACAGCCAGUCCUGUCAAAAACUGUUUCAUAUUUUCAUGAGAGUCCUGUCUAUAAUAAAGGCAGCUCUUUAAUCUCAGGUCAACUUUUUUUAAAACAAGAUGACUUAGAAUCUCAGGAUGAAACUCAGAUUAACCUCUGUCUCAGGAAUGCAAGAAAACCUGUGGGCACCAGCAAUUCCCUGAAUUUUCAAGCAGCUCCCCAAUUACCAAGACAAAAAGAACAUUUGUGCACAAGUGCUGAAAGUUCUAUAAAUGAAAUAAUUGAACAGGUCAUUUUGAAAUAUUGUUAUGAACCUCCUCCCAAAGAGUUGCCUUGCAGAGGAGAAGAUACAAAUUCCUGUGUAAAUAUUCUGUCACUUUUGGAUCAAAGUAGUCUGCAUGGUUCAGAUAUGAGUUUUGAUUGUGACGCAGCUGUUGAUUCACAAGCAAACCUAUCCAAGUCAGCUGCUAAAAAUCUAGAACUUCUGAAAGAAGUUAAAGUAAAUCUACAAGAUGAAAACUAUGGGACCCAACUCAGCUCCAUUUUUAAAAAUGUUUCAGUGCAGCAAAUAGCAGAAGCAGAAAAAGAUAUUUCAAUUCAAAAUAAAGAACCAGUUCUUCCAGCUCUGCCUCAUGUGCCUCCUUCCUUUGUAGGAAAAACCUGGUCUCAGAUCAUGUACGAAGAUGAUAUGAAAAUUGAAGCACUUGUGCGGGAUUUUAGAGAAGGCCGCUUCCGCUGCCAUUUUGAUACUGAACCCUUGGCUCAUCGUACACCGAGAAAAAAACCUCAAAAGACUGGUGAGAGGAUCAAUGUCGUUGCACCUAACAGAACAGAGGCUGGACCCACUAAAGGGCUUCCAGAACUUACUGAUGGGCUAAGUGAUGGUCCUGACUUCAGUAACUUAUCUGCAACUUCAGAAAUACAUGUUCCAAAGCCCCUGAAGAAUCCCAAAAAAAGAAUUUGCCGCCUUGCCUCAAGAUGCCAAGUAGUCAAGGUUAGCCGUGGCACACAAACAAGUUUAAUACACUAUCCGGUAGUAAAGCAAAAAAUAAUUAGGAAGGACUAUCAGCUACAAGAUCAGAUGGCCAACCUCCUUUGGUCCGAGAAUGAGAAAACACCUACCAUGAAAACUAGAUUAUGUGCUCUUAAGCUUCCUAAAUCUUAUACCAAAAUCAUGAGCCCUUUACAGCCACAAACACUAGUCUAUGUUCUUUCAUGUCCAGAGAUGAAACAAUGUAGGAACAAGGCUGAAGAGAUUCCCAAAAUUAAAAGUCACAAUUCUACAGAUAGCAAAGAUUCUGUAAGGUACAAGUACAAACAAACCUCUAUUAAGUAUUAUGAUCCUCUGACGAAUCGAAUUUUAAAAACACCUCCCAAAUGCAUAGCUGGGGGGAAAACAAAGAAGCCAGCACAUGUUCGACAGCUAUUCAGGAACCUCAACUUUGAUGGAAACAGGAAGAAACAAGCUGAUAUCCAAUAUAUACCAAAACCCUUCAAUUCCCCAGACAACCAUGCGGCAUCUCUCUUGCUUGACCGUGUUAAGAAGAAUGAUAGGAAUUCAAAUCAUCAUAAGUCAGAAGACCCUUCUAUUUCAUCCGAAAAAUCAGAAUGCUUGGUCUAUAACUGUUCAGAGAAAUGCUGUAAACGCUUAUUUAUUUCACCGUUGAAGUCACAUCAAUCACAACAGGAAGGUGACUUUCAAUUCAAUCCAUUUAAGAGGAAAAGAGUCAAAUGUCCCUUGAAGUCCCAUACUGCUGAUUGUUUAGAAAGAGACAAUCCAAAGAAAACAUGGCAGAGGAAAAAAAUCAAUAGUAGAGAAUCAGGGUUUCCGAAAAAAACUUCAGAGCUAAUUUUUAUCAAACAUGACCUUGUUAAGAAAGGCAGUAGAAAACAACCAGCCAGAAGUACAACUCAGCAAAUAGAAGGAAAGAUUAAAAAAAAAUCUUGUACUCUUAAAUCAUCUAGUCUCAUGCACCACUCAAAGAACACUACCAUAAAAAAGCAUCUUCAGAAAAAAAAAGCUGACAUUAAAAAGUUGGCAGUGUCAAGGAAGUCAAAAAGAACAUUUUUGAACACUGCAGCUGCAAUGGGUGUUCCAGAAAAAAGGCAGAGAGCCUCUGUAAGGACUUCUUCCAAAGUGAAGACAUGGGAAGUGGCCAGAGACAAGAAUCUUUUUUGCACUGUGAAAUAAUGUUGCUCAGAUCAUAUAAAUUUGCUUUGGGAUUGUCUUUAAGAGAGCUGCAAAGGGAGAAAAAAGUGGGAAUGGCUUUUCAAGAUAAUACAUCAGAAUUAGUAAUGGAACAAUUUCAAGGUCAAACAGUAAGCUUAGUCAAGAAGUAGUUCAUCUUGCUACUUUGUGAGUGUUCUGCAUAUUACAUGUUGAGUUAAAACUAUUUCUAAGCAGUAAAAGCUCAGUUAUGCAGUUUGCUAUAUAUUUUUCUCAAGCAGAGCAUUGUUUUCCCUUGUAAAACCAGUGUCAGUCAUUGAAAAAAGUUUAUCUUUUACAUGAAGCUUGGCUUUGAUAUCUUGUUGGUAAAAUAAGCAAUGUCAAAACUCAUCCCAAAGCAGUGUGGAACUAAAUGGGCACUCCUGCUGUUUGUUAAGAUUGUCAAUUUCCUCUUGUGUAGAACCAGUUUUUCAGAAAUUGCACAUGGAGUUUUAGGAUGUAUGCAUUGCAUUUGAAGAAGUAACUUUACCUUAUCUGGAAUCUAAAUUUGGAUAUCAUGCAGUGAUUGUAUUUUAAAUUCAGAUCACAAAUGCAAAAUCAUUCUGCCUAUAUUUGUUACCUGCUGAAAAGUAUCAGAUGUCCUUCUAGAAUGAAGCUGUUGUUGAAAAAGGUUUUUUUUUCUUUUUCUUUUGAUUUUUUUUACUUUUUCUGGAAGAACAAUUGAUUUUUAAGAUCAUACAGAAUGGUUAAUCAAGAUUGCUGUGUAUAAGCAAUAUUUCUACACAUAAUCUGCCCUUAGAAUGCAUUACUACCUAGUUUCAUCUCACAAUAUAGUUGUGAAAGCAUUUUAAAGUAAUUUCAAUAUAUAAGCAAGUUUCUGAAAAAUGCUACUUCAUGUUUAAAAUAGAUUUCCAACUUUAAUUUUUAAAAAGGUAAAUACUUUAUUUUAUUUUAUUUUGGCUUGCAUAAAUAUGUUUGUUAAAACAUUUUUCUAACAGUUAUAUGUUACUCUAAAUACAGGUAAUUCUCGACUUAGAACAUUUUAGGGACCAUUCAAAGUUACAAUAGCACUGAAAAAAGUGACAUGACCGUUUUUCCAGUUACCACCUUUGCAGCACCCCCAUGAUCAUGUGAUCAAAAUUCAGCUGCUUGGUUCGUAUUUAUCACAGUUGCUGUAUCCUGAGGUCUUGUGAUCACCUUUUGUGACCUUUUGACAAGCAAUGUCAAUGAGGAAGCUAGAUUUAGUUAACAGCCACGUUACUAAUUUAUCAACUGCAGUGAUUCACUUAACAACUGAGGCAAGAAAAGUGGUAAAAUGGGGCGAAACUCACUUAACAAAUCUCCCCCUUAACAACAGAAAUUUUGUACUCGAUUGUGGCCAUAAGUCAAGGACUACCUGUAUAAAAUAAUAUUAUAAAAAUUCUCCAUCUGGAUUGAUUGAAUUUCUGUUUUCUGAGAAUUCCAACAGGUAUUUACAUGAAAACGACUAUUUUGUUCAAACAUUUCAAAUGUUUGGAAUGUUAUACUGGAUAUUACUUCCAGCAUACUAUCACCACCAACUGUUGUAACAUAGUAAUCAUGGGUGCCCCAGACAUAUACUAUGCUAAUACAAACGUAUUUAAACAAAAAUUCUUUAGUUGAUAAUUUUAUAACCAAGUUACCUGAUAAAAGUUUUAUUGCAAAAGUUUUUUUCAACAGUUUUUGUGUUUAUAUGCAAAUUUUCACUGGUGCAUUUAUGAUUAGUAGCAAUGUCAUUUUAGCUAACAUGCUGAUUUUUUACAUUCUGUUCUGUAAGUUUUUGUGAAUAUUCUGACAGAGUACAUUGUCUUGUCUUCUCCAAUUCUAAAAUUGUACAUAUUUCUAUAUAUCCUGCUUUCUUAAUGCUCCCAUUUUUCCCAACCUCAGGAUGCACAAGGCACAGGCUGUCUAAUGUUAAAACAUUUUUUAAAAUAUUUGUAUGUUUGUGUUUGAUUUAUAAAUUAGUUCCUCAAACAGAGUGCCAUUUUAAAAACAGAAUAUUUAAAAAAUGGCUAUAUUUAAAAAAAUUGGAUAAUUAUCAUAUAUUUAUAUAUUUUCUUUAAAAGAGGAAAAAGUCUAACAUCUUAUUUUUUUGAAUUGUAAAGAGCUUGGAAUAUACUUUUGGAGAAAAUUGUGCAGAAUUGAAAAGUCUGUAACUAUUACUUUUGAAAAUGCCUCACUUCUGGGUUUAAGAUUAUGGUGUAUGCUUGGUAAAGUGAAUGUUGGAGAGAAUAUAUUUUGGUUAAAACUGUAUUUUAUCAGUUCAUUGGUUUUAUGGAUAGGUUUUUAACUUAUUAUCUUAUACAAUUACAGUAUGUGGAAUGCUCAACAUUUUAAUAAAUAAAUCAGAAUCCAAAACGUACUGUGUAAACAUCGAGAUGAUUUCCUGUGCCUGUGCCAUGGGCAUACCUGUCGUGUGUUCUAACUAAGGACUAACACGGUUUCAUAUUUUUAUUGGCUUUCAAGACUUUGAAAUGUUAGGAGGUUGGCUUCUGUAUACGUCUUAAUUGUAUUUAUUUAUUUAUUUUGCUAUUCAUUCCCCACAUUGUGCCUACCCCAUCCUCUCAUAUACUAGACAAUUACUUUCCAGCAUCUGGUUUCAGACUGAACCUCUGAAUUUGUGCCUCAAAAGCUUCUAAGCAGACUUAAAUUACAUCUCCUCACAUUGCAACAAGUAAUUUUGGAAUACAUAUACCUGGGGGAUUUUACGACUCUUGUGGAUGUAAGAAAGAUACAGUUGUCAUCGUGCACACAGAAGCCCCCUUUCCUUCUCUGACAAUGAAUAUUAUAUGAAUGAUUCGCUUCAAAGAAGAGGAGAGCAGCCAUAGAAAUGUUUUAAUGAAUAUUUUAUCAAUGCUGCAUGAAUACGUGUUGAAUUUAGGAAUGGAAGAGUAAUUUGUUUGAUUCAAAUUUUAUAGACUGAUGCCACUAACCUCAGUACAGCAUUUAUUUUUCAUGGUAUUGCAAUGCAGUUUGAAAAUUAAAAUGUACACAAUAUAGUGCAUGUAGAAGAAAAGAGCUUUUAAAUUAUGUUAAGGAAAAAGUAAGCAUGUAACACUAAAAAAAUCUCAACACUAGACAUGUACAAAAACUAAAAUCAAUGUUCUGUUCUUUUGUUACAUUUACCCAACUGUAGUAGAAAGGUGAAAGAUAAUUUAUAAUUUGGAAAAUAGAAACUGAACAGACCAAAAUGGUAGAUUCAUCCAUUCUUAUUUAAAUGUCAGAACUGAGAUUUUAAACCGAUAUCUCUAGGAUCCUAACAUAAAGGAUACUGUUUAAGAGCUCACUGAAAGAUUGCCAUCAGUUCUAAGACUCAUUGCCACUGGAAGGACUCGCUAUUGAAUCUACAGGGUACCCAAGGGAACCAUUUCCCCAAUUACAUUUUUGCAAAUAAAUUCAGAUUGAGAAAAGCUUUAAAGGUUUCACUUCACAUGUCUUCUAGAGGAAAAUGGGAGCAAAACAAAACUUCUAUAUGUUAUUUUCAAAAUAAUACAGCAAAUAAUAGAUUAAACAAAGUUGAAAUGCCAUCUUUUUAAUAAUAGCAACAUUUUCACAAAUAGUUACCAUCAAUAUAGAUCAAAAUAAUUUUUUCAUAUUUUUCACCCUUUGUGCAAUUUAUUAACAGAAGAAUGCUGGUUUUACCAGUCUUAACUUCUUGUUCUAUUAUUAAAAAUGAGGGCUCCCUCUUUGCAAUGAUUUUCCAUUCUAACUUCUUGAUUUUUAUUGUUUCUCUUUAUUUACUAAAUGAAUAAAACUUGUUUGAUUUCACUUGUAUUCAUUAAUAAAGUUGUUGGUAUGUAUAAUAACUGCAGCUAAUUACAGGUUCUCCUCAACUUACAAUGGCAACUGAACCCAAAAUUUAUGUUGUUAAGUGAAACAUUUGUUAAGUGAGUUUUGCCCCAUUUUACGACCUUUCUUGCCACAGAUGUUAAGUGAAUCCCUGCAGUUGAUAAGUUAGUAACACUAUUGUUAAGUGAAUCUGGCUUCCCCAUUGACUUUGCUUAUCAGAAGGUGGCAAAAGGUGAUCACAUGACUUUGGGACACUGCAAUGGUCAUAAGUAUGAACUGGUUGCCAAGCAUCUGAAUUCUGAUCAUAUGAACAUGGGGAUGCUGCAAAGGUAACUGAAAAUUGUUCAUAAGUCACUUUUUUCAUUGUCAUUGCAACUUUGAAAGAUCACUAAAUGAACUAUUGCAAGUUUAGGACUACCUGUAUAGUCUCCAUACCAAAAAAAGAGUACAGGCAGAUUGUCAGUUACAUUAGAAGAGCUGCAAAGAGCUACAUCGGUAGUACGGUUAAUAGACAAUGUUUAUAUACCUAGGAUUCUAGAGGAUUUUAUAUAUUUAUUACAAGGGAACCUAGCCACUUAGCUGCAAAUAUACUAUAGUUGUUAACAUCCUGGCACCAGUAAAAUUGAAGCAUUUUUGUCCUGAGGAAACACGCUUGAAGUUAAAUUGAACUGAAUUUAUUUCAGUUUCAUCAAAAUCAUCUCUGGACAAGAUAGAUGGCACAUAAAUUUAAUGAAUAAAUAAAUGGAUGAGAAGGGUAUUUGUGAGUACACCCCAAUUACUCAUAUUACAUCAUUGCUUUACACACUGAAUGAAAUGGCACUUUAUUUUGCCAGAUACUGUAAAAUUCAGUUAUAUACUGAAGUUAUCUUUAAUAUUUAAAGUACAGACACUUUAUUUCUUAGAAUCAGCGUCCGACUUAAACCACUCUUAACAUUUGCCUUAGGUGACUGUUAUGAUCCUGUUUAGGAGAAUGGGUUCAAUAACAGGUGCUCUAAAAGUAAUGCAGUUAAAAUUAAAAAUUACUUAGCUGCAACAUUACAGAUUUGUUUCAUUUCAUUUAUGCAUUUUAGUAAUACAAGUAGUCCUCAAUUUACAAUAGUUCCUUUAGUGACCAUUCAAAGUUACAAUGGCACUGAAAAAAAGUGACUUAUGACCAUUUUACGAAUGUUGCAGUAUCCGCAGAGUGGUAGAGUUUGAAUUCCAAAUUUAUGUUUUUAUCAUGAGGCUUUCCACUCACAAAAAAAAUCAAAUGAUUAUUAGUAGAAGUGAAAAUCAAAAUCUGACUUGAAAUCGAAGUCACUGAAGAAUAUCACCAGAUACUUAAAAUUGCUGAUUCCUACCAGACACUCAAAAGAUUUUGAGCUUUUUAUAAUCUUUUUUGGAGUGCUAAUUUUAAAAUCUGAAUGCAAUGGGUAAAAAGAGUAGCAACCUUUUGUUACCUUUACUUCUAUUUUUAGCUGUCCUAAAUUCUCUGUAUAUGUACAUGUUAUAAACCAAGUUCAAUCAGAAACUAUACACGCUGAAGACUUUGAUAUAUUAAAUUAGAAGUGAUUAGUUAACUUCAGAAUGUGCUCAGCUAUUUCAGUUACAGUUUAGAUCCUUCUUAAUUCAAAAAUAAACACUCAAGCAAGAGACCAUAGACAAACUUUGAAACGGUUAUUGACUCAUUCAGAUUAACCUGGAAAAGUUAUCUCUAAAUUAUAUAAUAUUGUCCCAGAAAAAAAUACUUCAGCUCUAAUUUGUUUGAAAAUGACAUGGGGAAAACAUUUCAAGGGUAGAAUAAAAUAUGGAAAUCAGUGUCAUCAUCCUCAGCCCAAAUUAAAGAAAAUUAUCUUGAACUAUUCAGUAGAUGAUAUAUGAUUAUUUUUAAAAUAACAUGCCCGAAAGCUUUUUGGAAUGGUGAAGAAAAUGGAACUUAUUUUCACUUGUUGUGAUCAUGUCUGAAUUUUUCUUCUAGUCUGGGGUAUUUUGGGUUAUUGGUAAAACUAAAAAUCAAAGAAUUAACUUGUGUCUACAACUUGCUUUGAUAAAUAUAUUUUCAGCAUCUUAACACUAAAAUGUAGUGGUAUUUUUAUUGAAUGCAACCAGAAUGUCCAUAGCUAAACAUUAGGAAGAUAAAUCUGUGAUGUUGGUCCUUUGAUACCAAAAUGUUUGGCUUAUCAUAGCAGCUGAGAAACUGACCUACAUUCUUCAGCUAUGCUCUGGUCAAGUUAGAGAUAAAGCUUUCUCAAAUAUGUGGUUUGAUUUCAUCUCUUAUGCUGUCCAGGAGAAUCAUAAUUGUUUUAUCUCAUAUAUUUAUAUUAAUGUGUGGGAAGAAUAUUAAGGUAUAAUUAAUAUGUGUUUGAAUUAUUUCCACACCUCCCCAUUUAACUUUUGCAUGUACGGGUUGAAUUUUACUGCACUGUUUAUCUUUUUUUUAAAAAAUUUAGGGCUAAAGCUAAGAAAUAAGAUGGAGUUCUAAUUUUUAAAAAUGAUAUUUUUCUUCUAAAUGGUUGGCUGAAGACAGGAUUUGAUAAUAAGUCUUCAAUUAUUUGUCGGCCACAGAAUGGACUUGGCCUAUUCUGUAAAGCAAGAAGUAUUUGCCAUAGAACUGGAAUUACUGUGAAACAUUUCAAACAUUGAGGUAACUUCUUUAUUAGGCUAUAGCCUGUCAGACAACGUUGGAGCACAGGAGAAUUUUAAAAAAUCCCUAGAGAGCUUUGAUUUUGUUUUCUUUGUUUGUUUAUUACAUCUACAAAGUAUGGUAUAGCCACAAAUCUCACCCUAGCCUUCCUUAAAUUGUUGAUGUCAGCAGCAAAUUCUAUCUGAAAAAGCAAUAAACAUAACUUGGAUUAGGAGAACUUGGGCAAACAUAAGCAAUUGGAAUAAUUCUGUGAUUUCCAUUUUCUAAAAUAAUUGCAGGUCUUUCUCCUACAGUAUUUCUCGUGAACCAUAAUACUUACCUCAAAUUACAGAGGUUUUUUUUAUUUAUUUAUUUUGUCACACAGUAUAUAUAAGCAUAAGCAUGAAAUAACUAUACAAUGUAUAAGCAUAUAUAUAAGUAUGUGUAUGUAAUAACUAUAUUAAUUGGAUAUAAUGAAAGGAAACAAUAGGACAGGAACGGUAGGCACGCUUGUGCUCUUAUGCACACCCCUUACAGACCUCUUAGGAAUGGGGUGAGGUCAAUGGUAGAUAGUUUUUGGUUGAAGCUUUGGGGAUGUUAGGAAUUUAUGUAAUAAAUCUGCAACCAUCUCAUAGAGCAAGAUUUUAGAUAUAUAUGCUAUUUUGACUGAAACUCUUUUCUUACACAUACAAAGAUAGGAUGAGUUUAAAGCAGUUUCUUUUGCUGUAUUUUAAUUCUAAUGAUUGAUUCUAGAUAGAUUGCAAAGAGCAGCACUGCAGGAAACUAGUAAAAAAACAAAUCUUUCCAUUAUUCAUUAAUAUAAAACACAAUGAUGGAAAAGAAUGUGGGGGAUCAUUUAAUCUCAUCCAAGAAAUGAGGCCACCUCCUGUACCACUGUUUUUUUUUAAUCUAUUGUUUGGCAAUGAAUAGAAGAGUCUGUUCCUGCACAGCAUUUGAAAGUAAUAUCUUUUUCUGAGCCCAAGCCUUCUGCAUGCUAUUUUCCUGUUUUCCUUACUCAGAUGUUCUGAUCUAGAGAACCAGAAAAAUGAUGACAGUAUGCACUACUCAAACUAAGCAUUUUUCUUUAAUCCUCUAGCGGGAAAUGUUGACAAAACAGCUGUGCUAGAUCUGUUGAACCAAAAUAGAUUAGCUAUCAUACCUAGAGAACAAGCAGUAUUCCAUAAAUAAGAAUAAAUACCAUCUGGUAUCCUACUGAUACUUUUUUCCUCACCAUUUUGUAUCAAUGUUUGUUUUUCUCAAGGUGAGCCACUGUAAUCCCUUAAAAAAGAUUCAGUCACUUAACAGAUUCUUUGCUGAAACAAGUACCAGCGCCUUUUCUUCUUAAGAUAUCUCACUCUUCCUCAGCGAGAGGCUCUUAUCCCCCUACUUCUAUGAAUCAGUGUAAGAACUUCUGUUUUCUGCAGGAUACCUAGUUUUCAAGAUGCCUAGAAAGAUCCAAAACCUCUACUUUCAGUUAAAAUUGUCCUACUUUGUUCUCAUACAAACCUACGGCCAG